AUGACGAGCAUGGAGGAAACGGGCCUUUCCUGGGGACGGGCAAGUACAUCAUCCACUAACAAGCAUCGUAUCAACGAUAUAAGCCAACAAAUCACAACCAUCAAGCUGUAUCUGAAAUUACACAGUAUUCAUAUGCUCGAGCGCCUUCAAGCCGGUGUCGGGUUGAUUGCCAUGCCCCCAUUGCGUCUGCAAGGUACUCGUUGCACGACAUGCCUGCCGGGCCCUUUGUUCCCCCGCUGUAGAAAUCGAUCAUCCAUGGUUGCUCUGCACAAUGAGCCGACUGCCCACUUGAUGGUCCAAACCCCUCAGGCCACUUGCGCCCAACAUGAUUCGUAUUGCUCAGUCAAGUUCAGCAGGAGACACGGAGAUGGCAAUAUCAUACGGCACCUUACAUUAAGGGAAUCUGGAAACAACUUCAGCAUAAGCCAUCUCGGCUCAGCUAACGCACCGGCCUGUGCUCCGAUAAGACACUUGGGGAGUCUCGGGAAGGCACCAAGAAAGAAGGGUUCCUUCCUGCGCUCUCAAAGCCAAAAUCUCCAUGACCCCCUCCUGCCCUCUGAGCAAAGACAUCCUGACCAACCCUUUUACAUCCUCCGCAGUCCGUACUUGAUGCCGCAUAUUCCCUAUCUUGGGGACCUGACCGGCCUGCAUCAAUCGACAACUGCCGCUGCAGUCGCAAUCAGUCCAUCGCGGCGCCUUCAAGCACAGCCAUCCGGUCGUGUCUGCACUCUUCGGGCCUUCCCCCCUUCGCCCGCCGUAUAUCCUGCUGCACAUAUCGCAAGGCGUCUUCUCUUAGCAAACUUUGACCACAUCUUGCGCUGCCGGCUGCUAGGAGGGAUACAAACAUAUGCCCCCCUCGCUCUCCAGACACCACUGUGCUAUGCUGCCCGUCAGCAAUUCAAGCCGCCCGACCGACAGACUCACUCACCCACAUACGCAGACGAGAUCGGUGGAUGGGUUCUCAGACAACCGCAUGAGCACAGGACAUGCGCCGUGCAGCCUCGCACUGCCAUCCCGGUCUCUUCUGACUCUGCUGUCGAGUCUCUUCAGGGUCUCUUGCGCCCACACACCGCUAUCAAGGACGACGCUCACCCUGCAACUGUCGCUGUCAGUCUGUCCGGGCACACGGCUACCGACCGCCCGUUGAAGGGCAUAGCCGCGGAUCAAGUCCCGGUAAGCCACCCUCCAUGGGCUGACCAAAACACGUCAAAGACGUUGAAACACCAUCUUCAUGCACCUGCCUCCAGAAAGGCGAGCGGAAUCCACUCCGAACGAAGGACGUCCCGAGCAAAUGUUCUCACCCUUCAGGAUGCGCUGCAAUGUGCUUCAGAUUACCUCUUGUGCCUGUGCUGGAUUGUAGGAUGGGCUGUCGAUGCCAAACAUGGCGCUGGUCCUUGUUUCUUCCCGUGUACAUAUCCUGCAAAGAGAAUUACCUAUGCAAGUCCAGUAUCGCAGCUGGCCACCUCAGCCCCAGGCUUGGAGGCUUCAACGGUGCGUCUCACUCUCGGCCUGGGCGGUCCGGGCUGGGGCGGUGGUGCGAGCUGCUCGGAGCGAGAGGCGUUUUCGUUCAAGACCGAUGCGAUGCGCCUGAGCUGCACAGUUUAUGCCAUUCGCAGUUUAGCAGACGCCGUCAAAGAGCAUGGAGAUCAGCCGCGGCACCCGGUGAGAGUCUAUGAUAGCAUGAGGUUUUCACCAAUGGUAUUUUGCAGAGGAUGCCAAGAUGUCACCAUUGGGCUGAGGCUCACACAGGACGGACAAACUGGGGAUAGUCUAUCGGGACAAAUCUCUCGUGCAUGCACCCACGCAAACCACGGCAUCUCUCGCGGCCCAUCCCUUAACUGCCGAAGUACCCCGGAAAAUCACUUUAGGCCGAUUGUUCACGGAGCGUUCCAUUCUGAGAGCACUCAUCCAGAGCCUGUGCUUUUACGGACACAGCUUGCCUUGACUCAUCGCAGUUCGGGAAACAAUCUGAUUAUUGAGCGUCGCCUCGUGAUCUUAGAAAGAACGUCAUACCCCCUUCGGAGGCAAGCAUUCAGAGAGGGGAGUCCCGGGCUGACGUGCAGAAGAGGCGAACACCCAAGAAACUCACCCGGAGGUUGUCUGGAGAAUGGCAAGGUCAGCUCCGGACAGCGCGCGCACAAGAAAAGUUUCGUGCGACAUGACUGCGGGCGGAUGGGAAAGCCAUUGAAGCCAAGCCGGCUUCCUCAUUGGAGUUUUCUGUCAUGUGCGACGUCGUUCCCGCCGCCUCUGUUCGUGCUCGACCUGCAUCUGUCAGGAGAGUCCCUUAGAGAUCACGAUGAGGGAUCCCUCGUGUUUGUCCUAGUGAGCCUCCUGAACUUCUUGCCGCGCUUUCAGUACCUGAGAGAAGCACCUGGUGUCGGCUCAUGGCUGAAGCCGGAUGAAUCGGCAGAGCGAUCAUGUCCACCUACUUUCAUGGGAGGGCCGAGAAUUGGCCAUUUCAAAUCACGAAUGAGAGAAGAGAAAGGGGAAACUAUUGAUCAGGGCGGGACGUUCGCCGCCGCCGAUCUGCACCGUACACGUGUCAGUGACAGGCGCAAGGGGAACCAUGAAGUGAUGAAAGCCAAGAUGCAUGGGAAACAACUUGGAAGUCUCGGCAGCCCGAUGGGAGUGGUAAAAGAGGGAACAUGGGCUUUGCUGUCCGAUGGACAAGUCGGCGCCGGAGAGGAGGGGAAUCCUGAGGGGGAUGAGAUCAAGGUCAUUUCUAACCUGGGAUCUCUGGGUAGUUACAAGAUCUCAUCUUGCGCUCGUGGGGAUAUACAAAAUGCAAGACAAGUCGUCGGCCGGCAGCGGUCAGUAAACUUAGGAUUCCCCAUAAGCUUGAGCCCCUCCCGCAUUUUUGCCACCCGUUGCUGCUCAUUUGCGGGUCUUUUGCGAAGCCUAGGUAUUUAUCUUUUGCUUCCUUUCACAUUCUUCCCGGAAGCCGUUCUUCUUCCAGGAGGCGUUUGGGAGAAUCUGCUGUCUGAGGACGCGGCGGCUUUGGCGUAUGGUCUGACCCUAUGCCUUGCCCGCACCAUUGAGUGGAAUGCGGGGCGGUGGACGGACGUGGCGGCAGACUCCCGCGGCCGGUGGUCGCUCCGCAUUGCUUGGGCGGCCCCCUUUAUGGAUAUCAGAGGGGGUCGAUGGGGGGAUGAGGAUGAGAGGUUGGAGAUGGGCAUCGCGAGAGGAUGCCGAGGGGAUAAGGGGAUGCGAUGCGAUGAUGAUAUUGUGAUAAUCGCCGGACCCGUCUGUUAUUGCUCCAUCAUCCCCAUCUCAUCCCGCCACCUCCGCCCUCUUUCAGUCUGUCAAAAACUGGUUUGCAUGAGGUAUCCGUGGAUCCGUAUGCAUAGUACCGUGGUUGCUCAGCGGUCAACUUGUUGUGAUGCUGUGGUGCUGUGUUCAUGUGUUUCCAUGUUCCAUGGUUCCCUCGGUUCCCCUCUCCUAUCCCAAUCACCAAUUUUCCAGGUUGAGGUGAUUCCCAGGGACCAAAAACCAGGCUUUCCAGGCUGCAAAGCAAUCCCCGCCCAGUGCCCACUUGGCUUCCCUAAGGUUCCCGUCUUCUUACCGCCCGCCGCCGCCUCUCGCCCUUCCGCACUCCGCUGCCUCGUCUUGCCUUCCAUUGCCUUGUGUUCACCUUGCUCACCUGAACUGUCACCUAAUUAUCCGGCAGGUCUGGAUCGCUUACCUGCAUCCGUAAUUAUUGCCCUGCCUGCUUACCUCACGGCGACAUCCAGGCAUCUUCAACCAACAACGGCCAAGCGCUCCCGCUGCAUUUCCACCCGCCCUGCCGCCCCCGGUCAGCCCAGCAUCCAAACAUCCAAACAUUCAACCCGCCGUUCAACAUCAUCCAACCAACCCUUCCUUUCCCCAAUCCAACUCUCCAUCUCAAUCCCAAAAUCUCAAUCCAACCAUUUUCCCACCCCACACCCUGUCCCAUCUCCUCUUCUCUUUGCCUGCCUUGCUUCUGCUGUUGCAUCGACACUCGCAGCUUUCAAGCCGCACCCAUUCCUUGCUUUAUUUUCUGGAUGCGACACAACUAAGACAACAUUCUACACUACCAUUGCAUCACCACCAAUACACUUCCCUGGAUAUCAGUCCGCCCAUAGUCUCACUUGCCUCUCUCUCCCGCUGCAUACUCUCGGCCAGGAAGACGACGACGACGACCACCGCCACCACCACAAAGCAUUCCAGAGAAGCCAAUCGACCGUAGUCCACCCCGCGACCGAGCACGAACCCCUUCUGCCCCUCGCACGCAUGGCCCGCGACUGCGCAUACCUUGCCAUUAGAGAAGAGCCGUAG